AUGUCCGACUUGCACUCUGGAACAUCGUUUGAACUUACACCGAGCAACCCUUCCAAGAACGAUUCGACUCGUCUAGUCAAAGUUCAUCCAGAAACGAUAGGCUCCACUAGUUCGCCACAAAUAAGAGCAAAAAAACCACCAUACCCUUUAUUAAUUCCAGCAGUUCCAGCUCAAUCGUCAAAUUCCGGUAAUCGUACGAAACCUACGACACCUUUGCGAACGACAAAAACAUCGCAGAAAUUGGUUUUAUUACCUGAAGAAGCUUCUAUACCAACUCUCAUUAUUGAAGAGACUUCUGAUGAUGCCGAGACACCGGUAACUCCAAUAAUUCCUGUUCCAGCAGCAUGGGAUAGUACAAACGCUGAAAGAAUGUCGAAGGAAGUUAGGGACAAUAAACAUUAUCCUAGAGUAACAGCAUAUUGCACUGCAGAAGGCUUUUAUCUUGGACUAUUAAUAGAUUUCCUUAAAAAAAGACAUAAUGUUCAUCCAAAGUUAUAUGAUGAAUGUUUAUAUGCACCAUAUCAUUUUCCUUUAGUUUCUGGAAGAAAUAGUAAAAUCGCAUCAUCAUCUGCUAUAAAGUCCCCGAAUGGAUACACGUUUAUGGAUAGGCAGAUUGAGAAUUAUGAAAAUAUCAAUGAUAUAUCCCAUUAUUUUACAGUUGAAGAGGGAGAAGCAAGCUCAUCUACAACGAAACAAGCAGCUCCUCUAACUAAUAUUGGUGAAGUAUUUUACUUUGAUUAUGGAGUUGUAGUAAUUUGGAACUUCACGGAAGAACAGGAGCAUUUGUUACUUCAUGAUAUUGAUGAAUUUAGGAUUUCAGCACGUCCUACAAAAAAGGACGACAUCGAAGUUGAAACAUUUCAUUUUCAGUAUGAUAUUGAAUCCAAUAGACAGCCCAGGAUUUUUAAUGAUAUGAUAACGUUAAAGACUGAUAAUCAUAUGAUCAAAUUAACGAUUAGCCAUGCAAUAAGUCAAAGUACAAAGCUGACAUUAUAUGAAUGGCAAAUGGAGAAUACGAUCGAGAGGACACGGCAUAUACCAAAGAUGUUGGCACAAACCGGAAGAUUAAAUUUAAAUCGAGUUCAGGUUACAAAAUUGAGUGGAGAAAUGUUCAAGCUGCGUAUGAAUGUAAAUCUAGUAUCUAACGUGUUAGCUUAUCUCGAAAUACCUCAACGCGUGGACCUUUUAAAUGAACGAUGUAGUGUCAUUAGUGAUUUAUUAGAUAUGUUGCGUGAGGAUAUUGGCAACUCGAAUAUGACGAGAAUUACGUGGAUUAUUAUCUGGUUGAUCGUUGUCGCUGUCUUCGUUGCUAUUGGUGAAAUCGCUGUAAAAGCAUUAUAUUUUUAUGGUUAG